GGCGGGGGCGCGCGGCUGCUACCCCCUGACUGGGCUGCGGCGGUUAGUCCUCUCCCGGCCGCCGUCGCCUCAGACAUAUUGCCCGCAGGAGCUGCGGCGGCGAGCGGAGAGCGCCGGGGGGAAGGAGAUGGGAGGACGAAGAGGUCCCAACAGGACAUCUUACUGUCGAAAUCCUCUCUGUGAGCCAGGAUCCUCGGGGGGCUCUGGUGGAGGCCACACCAACAGUGCAUCAGUGACCAGCGUCCGUUCUCGUACCAGGACCAGUUCUGGGACUGGCCUCUCCAGCCCUCCACUGGCCACUCAGACAGUUGUGCCUCUGCAGCACUGCAAGAUCCCUGAGCUGCCAGUCCAGGCCAGCAUCCUGUUUGAGUUACAGCUCUUCUUUUGCCAGCUCAUAGCUUUGUUCGUCCACUACAUCAACAUCUACAAGACAGUCUGGUGGUACCCACCCUCUCACCCACCCUCUCAUACGUCCCUGGGACUGUCCCACUCCCCUUCUCUGGGUCCUGUUCUACUCCUGUAGGUAAUUUCCUGGCCUGACUCAGCUGGAGGCCAAUGAAGAACUUCCACCUGAUCGACUUCAACUUGCUGAUGGUGACUACCAUUGUUCUGGGCCGCCGCUUCAUUGGGUCCAUCGUGAAGGAGGCUUCUCAGAGGGGGAAGGUCUCCCUCUUUCGCUCCAUCCUGCUGUUCCUCACCCGCUUCACCGUUCUCACGGCAACAGGCUGGAGUCUGUGCCGAUCCCUCAUCCACCUCUUCAGGACCUACUCCUUCCUGAACCUCCUGUUCCUCUGCUAUCCGUUUGGGAUGUACAUUCCGUUCCUGCAGCUGAACUAUGAUCUUCGCAAGACAAACCUCUUCAGCCACAUGACUUCCAUGGGGCCCCGAGAGGCAGUCAGCGGACUGGCAAGGAGUCGGGACUACUUGCUGACACUGCGGGAGACUUGGAAGCAGCACACACGACAGCUGUAUGGCCCAGAAGCCAUGCCCACCCAUGCCUGUUGCCUGUCACCCAGCCUCAUUCGCAAUGAAGUGGAGUUCCUCAAAAUGGACUUCAACUGGCGCAUGAAGGAAGUGCUUGUCAGCUCCAUGCUGAGUGCCUAUUAUGUGGCCUUUGUGCCUGUCUGGUUUGUGAAGAAUACACAUUACUAUGACAAGCGUUGGUCCUGCGAGCUCUUCCUAUUGGUGUCCAUUAGCACCUCCGUUAUCCUCAUGCAGCAUCUGCUCCCUGCCAGCUACUGUGACCUACUGCACAAGGCUGCUGCCCAUCUGGGCUGCUGGCAAAAGGUGGACCCAGCGCUUUGCUCCAACGUGCUGCAGCACCCGUGGACAGAAGAAUGCAUGUGGCCACAGGGUGUGCUGGUGAAACACAGCAAGAAUGUCUACAAAGCAGUGGGCCACUACAACGUAGCCAUCCCCUCUGAUGUCUCCCACUUCCGGUUCCACUUCUUUUUCAGCAAUCCCCUGAGAAUCCUCAACAUCCUCUUGCUGCUAGAGGGCGCUGUCAUUGUCUACCAGCUGUACUCCUUAAUGUCCUCUGAAAAGUGGCACCAGACCAUCUCACUGGCCCUCAUCCUCUUCAGCAACUACUACGCCUUUUUCAAGCUGCUCCGGGACCGCCUGGUACUGGGCAAAGCCUACUCAUACUCGGCCAGCCCCCAGAGAGACCUGGACCACCGGUUCUCCUGAGCCUUUGGGAUCACCUGGGCACAGCAUCCAGGCUUCACCCAGGGGCUGUUGAGGCGGGCUGGGGGUGGGGUUAAAAAAAAAAAAAGACAAAAAAAAUCCACCAGACCAGAGCUUUGUAUUUUUGUUACAUACUGUUUCUUUCUUUGAUAAUUGAUGUGAUAAAAGGAAAAAGAAAAGUCUUAUUUUUAUAUUCCCAACA